AUGUCUCAAUCCAUUAUCUAUCUAUCUAUCUAUCUAUCUAUCUAUCUAUCUAUCUAUAGCUGUCCAUUAUCUUUCUCAAUCCAUAUGUAUGUAUGUAUGUAUGUAUCUAUCUAUCUAUCUAUCUAUCUAUCUAUCGGGAAGAACUUAAAGGGAUAUGAAAAAUAUUUCAUCCCUCUGAUUAUUGAUCUAUCACUGUCCAUUAUCUAUCUAUCUAUCUAUCUAUCUAUCUAUCUAUCUAUCUAUCUAUCUAUCUAUCUAUGUCCAUUAUCUAUCUAUCUAUCUAUCUAUCUAUCUAUCUAUCUAUCUAUCUAUCUAUCUAUGUGGCAGAACAUUAAGCGUCUCUUUUCGUUCCGCUGGAGCCUGCCAUAUACGGGCGUCGUCGUCGCCAGGGGCGGUCGCGGUCGUCGUGGUCCGCGUCGGGGGCGCUCGUCGUGGUCCGCGUCGGUGGCGCUCGUCGUCGCCGUGCGCGUCCGCUACUUCGGCUGUUGUCACCUCGCACGCGGCGGCGUCCGCGAACGGGCAACCCGAUUUGACAUCCGCUACAGGCGGGAUUUUGCCGUCGCCGUCGAAUUUCGAACCCCCCUCUCAUUGUGUUAA